AUGCACGUUGGACCACGACUACGCCGCCGCUCCCCAAAGCGACUGUAAAUGGCAUUUUCCUUUCCCUCCAUAUCUUCCGGUAUGAAGAUGAAAUUCUGUCGGCCACCAUUGCCAUAUUCCACCAGCGCAGUAUAUCUACCCCGGAGCAUUGGAGCAUUUCUGGGCAAGAUAACUUCUGUUACCGUCCCGAGAGGUUGCAAAGAACUCCAUUUUAACCCCGGUCAAACAUGCCCCAAGGGCUAUAAUGAACCAGUUCACCGUGGGCAUCUCCAGGACUAGUGCUUUUGUAACCUUCCAACUCUCUCGGUUAUGCGAAUCCAUCGGCUACCUUCCUCAAGAAUCAGUUUCAAGACAACCAUAAUAAUCUCGUAGUUAAACGCCAGAGAUAAUCAUCAACGAGAGUGUACGGAGAGAAAAAAAACCCCCUUAACUAUGGUAUGCAAAUUCUACUCUAUGAGAAUUGAAGUACUCUGCCGGUAGAAAGAACAAUGCGGCUUGUGGGGUUGCCAAGCGUUUACAAAGCAAACUUGCUGAAAUGUGCCAUACGACCAAGUGCGAACCUUACUCAGAUUAUUUCGUCGUUUUUUAUCAAUAUAGGUGAAUCUUCUAAAACAUCGCAACCUUUCAGAGAUUAUUCUUCUGCUACAGCAGUUAAUGAUGACUCUAAUAAGGGUGCUGGAAAGAUGACAUUGGCAAUGAACCUAGCAUGUGUUGUUGAAGAAUCUUCUUGUGUUGAUAAGAGAAAACCCAAGAGUCGAAUGGAGCUUAAGCGGCAUUGUGAACUCCGCAUAAAGAAGAGGGUGAAGGAGCAAUACAUGGAUGGGAAAUUUCAAGAUCUGAUGACAAAAGUGAUUGCCAAUCCAGACACUCUUCAGGAUGCUUACAAUUGUAUAAGGCUAAAUUCAAAUGUAGAUAUAUCAAGCAAUAAUGAUAGAUUCGAUUUUUCAUCCAUGGCUGAAGAGCUUUGUAGUGGGAGUUUUGAUGUCAAGGUCAAUACCUUCUCUAUCUCUACGAAGGGUGCAAAUAAAGAAACCCUUGUUCUUCCCACUGUAAGGUUGAAGAUUGUCCAGGAAGCCAUCAGAAUUAUUCUCGAAGUUAUCUACAAGCCCUACUUUUCUAAGAUUUCUCAUGGCUGUCGAAGUGGGAGGGGACACUCAUCAGCACUGAAGUACAUCCGUAAAGAGAUCUCUAAUCCUGAUUGGUGGUUUACAGUACACAUAAAUAAAAAACUGGAUACUUGCGUCCUUGCUAAGCUUGUAUCUAUAAUGGAGGGCAAGAUACAAGAUCCCAGCUUGUAUGCUAUCAUUCAUAGCAUGUUUGAUGCCCAAGUACUCAAUUUGGAAUUUGGGGGUUUUCCAAAAGGCCACGGAUUGCCGCAAGAGGGAGUGUUGACUGCUAUACUAAUAAAUAUAUAUCUUGACCUUUUUGACCGUGAAUUUUACAGAUUGUCAAUGAAAUAUGAAGCUUUGGAUCCCUCUUUUCAUACCGAUCAUGAUGGCUCCUAUUCCAUGCUGCGUGGUUGGUUUAGGAGACAGCUGAAAGACAAUGAUCUUAACUGCAAAAGUGAAAAUAACGUUGGUAUAAGAGUUCAUUCUUGUCGCUUCAUGGAUGAGAUAUUUUUUGCAAUCUCUGGUUCUGAAGAAGUUGCUCUUAGUUUUAAGUCUGAGAUUCUAAACUACUUGCGGAAUUCUUUGCACUUGGACAUUGACAAUCAAACAGAGGUAUCGCCAUGUGAGGGACCUCAGGAGAUACGGUUUCUGGGAUAUUUGGUUAGAAGAAGUAUAAAAGAAAGUCCUGCUGUAAAAGCAGUUCACAAGUUAAAAGAAAAGGUUGAGUUGUUUGCUCUACAAAAACAAGAGGCAUGGAAUGCUGGGACCAUAAGAAUUGGGAAGAAAUGGCUGGGCCAUGGUUUGAAGAAGGUUAAAGAGUCUGAAAUCAAGCAUUUAGCUGAUAGUAAUUCUGUUUUGAGCCAAAUUUCCCAUCUCCGUAAGGCUGGGAUGGAAACUGAUCAUUGGUACAAGCACCUACUAAAGAUAUGGAUGCAAGAUGUUAAAGCCAAAGCUGCAAAGAGUGAGGAAAUUAUCCUUUCUAAGUAUGUUGCAGAACCAUCCCUUCCCCAAGAACUGAAGGACUCCUUUUAUGAAUUUCAGAGGUGCGCAGAAGAAUAUGUUUCUGCUGAGACAGCUUCUAUCCUUGCUCUUAUGCCGAAUUAUAGCUUCUCAUGUGACCCUGAAACAACCACUGAAAUUAUUGCUCCUGUUAAUGCCAUAAAGAAGAGGCUUUUACGAUAUGGACUAGCCACAAAUGAAGGGUACCCCCGUACAACUACUCUGCUUAUUUUACAAGAUGACAUCCAAAUAAUUGACUGGUUUUCUGGUGUUGUCCGCCGUUGGCUUAGAUGGUGGAGUGAGUGUGAUAAUGUUAAUGAAGUAAAGCUCUUAAUUUCUGAUCAACUUAGGAAAUCUUGCAUUCGUACAUUAGCAGCCAAGUACCGGAUGCAUGAAAAUGAGAUAGAAAAACGGUUUGAUUUAGAAUUGAGCAGGAUUCCGUCUACCCAAGAAGGCGAGCAGGAGAUGGCAUAUGAGAAAUCAAAUAACCAAGCUUUUGAUAAUGAUGAGGCUUUAAUGUAUGGGAUAUCUUAUAGUGGCUUGUGUUUACUUUCUCUAGCAAGAAUGGUGACUGAGUCACGGCCCUGCAAUUGUUUUGUCAUGGGGUGCCCUUCUCCAGCACCAAGUGUUUAUACUCUUCAUGUGAUGGAGAGGCAGAAGUUCCCAGGCUGGAAGACAGGGUUCUCAAGUUGUAUUCAUCCUAGCUUGAAUAGAAGGCGGAUUGGGUUGUGUAAACAACAUUUAAAAGACUUAUAUCUCGGUAAUAUAUCACUUCAGUCCAUCGAUUUCGGUGCCUGGAAGUGAAAACUCAGUGAAUUCAAAGAAUUGUGCAGCUGCAGUAUAUCUGGACUGUUGACCACUCAUUGAUGUAGAAACCAUAAAAGAGGAUUCGAGGUGCCAAGGACUCUGUUGGUGUACCAGUUUCCAAUUGUCGGCAGGGGAAGAUCAAAUGUUUGGUAUGCUACCGGAAGAAAAUGUGGAAAACUUCCAAAUCUAAGUCACCUUCUCAGGCAUGUUAACAUAUUGGCAAUGCAAAGCAAAUGAAAGCAUGAUAUUCAUGUGAAACCCAUCAAUCGCAUACGCGCUUGAUAUUCUUAUGACUCCUCACUACCACUCUUUUUGGAAUCAAGUUUCAGAGCAGAUGGCACACAUUUUUGCUCCAUUAUCUAUUUGGGAUGGGCUAACAAAGCACAAGCGAGAACAAGGCAAUCCUGCCAAGCCCGGUGUUAAUGACUUUGAGCUUUUCAAGAGUACAUGCAAACUUUUGGAUGGGUAUCACAGGGAGGGCAAUGCCAAGAGGAUAAGUUCCUAUUGUCAUGUUUGUUCUUUCCCAUGCAAAAUUAAAGAAACGAGUGUCCAAGUUGAAGUGCAGUGGAAGUAUGUAUGAGCAGAAGCUACGACCAUGACCUUUGUAUGGUGAGGGAUAACUUUAUUGUCUAUCUUUAGCUCAACAAGGAACGGGGUGAGCAAGACACCUCUACCGUUGUCUGGAGCACAAUCAUACAUACAAGGAAUACAGUGUGGAAAAUAAUCUAACUUGUGAUAUUGUCUCUCUCCAUAUAGAGGAUAUCAAAAGCAAUUGUCUUUGAUUUAUCUGUAAUGCUUCGAGUGUAUAACUAUAGUUAGUACUACUAUUUGUAAAUGCUUCUUGAGAAGGAUAAAAUUAUUUUAUGAUAUUGGUCCGUAGAAGGAAAUACUUAAUUUUCAAAGAAAUUGAAUGAUGUAAAUUAGAAUGAUUCGAAGUGA